AUGAAUCUUGAUAAAAAUGAAUGCAAAAAGCUUCCAGAUGGAUGGGUUCUUUGUAAAUCAAAGUCCAACCCAGGCAGAAAGUAUUAUUUUAACCGAAAAAAUGGUAAAUCUUCUUGGACAAAACCUGAGGUUGCAGACAAACCCUGUAGCAGUCUAAAACGAAAAAGUGAUGGCAAUGAUGGUGGUUCUUCCAGAGAGAAAUGCAGAAAAGAAACACAAAAGAAAGAUUUAUUUCCAAAUAGGAAGGCAACUCCAAAUAAGAACAUAAACACAAAAGAUGUCGGCGCAAAGAAAAGUACAUCACCAAAAAAGCCUACACCAAGUAAAAACUUAGCUAACAAAAGACUGUCACAACUCAGAGAUCAAUUGACAGCUGAAGCUGAGAAAGAUAAAGAUGUAAUUAAGGAAACGUCACCGAGAAAAAGGGUGAGAGAAAGUCCCAAAAGUAAUGUUAACGAAACACCGGUUAAAAUUCAAAGAACUGAGUUAAAAAGCCCAAGUUUAAACGAUUCCAAGUGUACUAUUACAUCACAAUCACCAAGCAAUGACAGCUUACAGUCCACACCAUCACCAUCACAAUUUUUCGCAGCAAAUAAAAUCAUAUAUUCUAUGAAAGCUCAGCUACCAGAAGAAUUUAAUAACAAAGAGAAGCAAAAAGACACCUUUGCAGAUAUAGAACAGGGAAUCUGUAACCAGACGCCUGAGUAUCCAUUUAACAAGCAUCCGGCAACACCACCUCAGUUCUCCGAAGCUAGUAAACUUGUGUCAGCAAUUAAAUCUAAACUAACAUACAAACUGACGAUCCCUGAGGAAGGUAGUGUAAAAAAGUAUACUACAGCUAAGGAUCGAAUGGAGGCAUUAAGGACAAGCUUAACAACGGAAGAAACUGCAACAAGUACCAAGGAAUGUUCCAUUAAUGAUAGUGUUGCAACAGAUAAAUGUCUUGAAGCAAUGGAUGUAGAAGACGUCAAAGAGACGGUGCCAAAUUUGUCUCAGAAACAAACUUCUGCAAGCAAUAACAAUACAGUACAAGAGAAAAUCGUUUUGGUUGUAGAUACAAAUAUAUUUAUCCAUGAACUAGAUUUUAUAAAGAAUGUGUUAAAUUCACAUAUUAAAGGCUACAGUGAGCAACCAACACUGCUUGUUCCUUGGCGUGUAAUAAAUGAGCUUGAUAGACUGAAGGAUAACAAUAAUGGUAAUGGGGCACUGUGCAAGAGAGCUAAGUCGGCCAUGGAUUAUUUAUACAAGUCAUUGCCAGAAAACAAUCGAAUAAAGGGUCAGUCUCUUCGUGAUGCAAAUUCGCACAUAUACCCUUGCGAGGUGCCAGAUGAUGAAAUACUAAAUUGUUGUCUGCAACAAGCGGAGAGGGGUAAACCUGUGAUCCUUCUUUCUAACGACAAGAAUUUAUGCAAUAAGGCUUCUAUAAAUAACAUCAAGCGGAUCGGCCUCGAUGAGUUGAGACCCUUGUUAGAGAGCAAACCCCAGCCUGUGGUGGACCCCGGCUUGUAUGCCAGUGUGAAGCAUUACGAGCAUACAAUGUAUCAACUGUUGGCUAAUAUUUUGGAGAACGAGAUGAGGGCCAAGUACAACACUCUCUGGCAGCAUGUUGUGUUCAAGGCGCCACCCUGGUCACUGUGUGAUGUACUGCAGUGUCUGCUCAAGCAUUGGAUCGCCGUGUUCCACGAGGUAUUCCCAAGGAUCGAGCAUGUGCUUACCGACCUCAAGAAUUCUCUCACUUUUAUACAGAACAAAGAUCCCCAAGCUCUAUCACAAUCGGAAGUGUCGAAUUUCAAAGAGCUAUGCAUGGACAUAGCCAAGAAGUGUCAAAUAAUACCUGAAUAUAUGGAACUGGCGAAAAGCACAGUGGAGCGUCUUGUGAACACGAGUGCGAGCGAAACGCACUGCGGCAGUGAGAGCAAGACAAUCGUCGACGCAUUUGAGAGCGUUUGGACAGUUUUCUCUAGUUACUGUGCAAAGUUGUCGACGUGCCUGGGUGUACCACAUAGCCUGGAGGACCAUCUUGCCGGCAACGAUACUCUUGAAAUGCUGACAAGUAAAUGGGCCAUGUUCAGGAAUCAGCUCAACACACUCAGCCAUGCUAUUAAAGGUGUCCUAAGCAUGGAAAAUUCAGAUCUCAUAAUGGAGGACCAUAUAGCCCGUUUGGAGACAGCAUUAAAAGACUGCCUCGUUCUCAUCUCCAUGGACAGUAGCGUUAUAGGCAGAGAUGAUUUGAGGAUAUUUUGUGUUAGGAAUAGAGACAUGCUCCAGGAGGCGUUCGCCAAGCUGUCGCAACUGACAAACAUGUUGGACGUUUGUAAAAAUUAUUUAAAUAAUUAA